UUUCGCUCCUUUCCGGCGGUGACGACCUCCCCACGAGAACAUGCCUGUGAGUUCCUUGGUCCAGGUUUCAGCGGAGAUCUCGCUCUUCUGUCCGCACGCUCCCCUCACGCUGAUUUCGCCUCGUAGAGGGUCCUCAGUAACCCUCUGCACUUCUUAGGACCUUAACUCCAGGGACCGCAGCGGCCCACGGGCCACCCGCAUAGACGGGAGCGGAGAGGAGAUAAGAUGGCGGCCCAGCUACGCAGACACCAGGGGCGGCGAGGGGCGAGUUCUCCCCGCUCGCAAAGGAUCUCCUUCAUCCCUCUCCGGAAGAGGAGAAGCGGAAACACAAGAAGAAGCGCCUGGUGCAGAGCCCCAACUCCUAUUUCAUGGACGUGAAAUGCCCAGGAUGCUACAAAAUCACCACAGUUUUUAGCCAUGCACAAACAGUAGUUUUGUGUGUUGGCUGCUCCACUGUCCUCUGCCAGCCUACGGGAGGAAAAGCAAGGCUUACAGAAGGAUGUUCCUUCAGGAGGAAGCAGCACUAAAAGCAGCCUAAAUCAAGAAGAGUGGGAAAACAUCCCAAUAAACACAUUUUGGAUAUAUCCUGUUUAUUGUCUUGUUUAACUGCUAGGAAGUUCCUGCCUCAAGUAUUCAGAGGCAUCCAGAAGAGUGGAAUGCUAGAGUCAUUUGGGGCAAUUUGUGAAAUAAAAUGAAGGCAGUUUCCAAGUCAAAGUCCACGGUGCUGAAUAUAAGGACUCCUUACCUAGAAAGAUGAAAGCUGUUGAUGCCAACACCGCAAAGAGGGUAAAGAGGAGGAUCUGGUAAGAACCAAUGAACCGCUUGAWGACUCCUGAACUUUCACACUGAUCUGUGCAUUGGCCAUAACAAGAUAAUAGUUAGACACAUCCAGGGCAGAUGCUGCAUUGGAGACAGGGUCUUAAAGAGUAUCCAGCAGAAGCACUCAAAACCCAGCCCUUUUAUGAAACUUGAGGUGUGAACUCCUUCCUUCACCUCUUUUUAGCUUCUCAUAUCUCCAAAUAAUAAAAUCUUCAAAUUUAAAUGUUAGUCUUCUCAGGUUUCAAGGGGUGCUUUAAAUCCCUUUGCCACCUUAAAAUGCCUGUAAAACCCAUUCUGUGUAUUUUAACCCCAGGUGCCAUGUUUUCUUUCACUAAACUUGUUAUAGUCUCUGCUAACCAAAAUAUUUCUUCAGAUCACCAGUUACCUCCUAAAUUCAUUGGUCCCUUGUCUUCAGGAUGUCAUUUCUAGGGAAUUCUUCAAUUUGUAUCAAUAAAACUCCAGACAUGUGUUUGAAGCCAA